AUGAAAGAGAAAAGGAUAGUAGAUGGUUUUGAUUCUCCAUCUUCAUCUCCUCCAACACCUCCCUCUCCACUUCCCGUUAGCGUGGGGCCCGGAAACCAAAAGUACCUCUUCUCGCCGUCUCCAUCUCUGUCGCCACCUUUCUCACCGCCUUCUUCGAGCCACGACUCCACUGAGCUUCUUCACCUUUUGCAGGAAGAUAAGAAGCUGCCUAGUCCCAGAGUGCCUUCAGUAUUUUCCUUGGAUCUUGUAGACCCUGACAUUUUGGAUUCCAAAAGCUCAUGCCUUAAAGACCUGUUAGAGUGGUUUGUAGAAAGAUGCUGCAAUAUUUGCAGUAACAAGUCUACUUGAUAUCUUGUUUCAAAUCCAACAAGAAUGACAUUGUUAAGCAGAGCUCUGGAGCAGUCGACACAUAUCAGCCCAGAGGAAGAAAAAAAAUGCUGUGUAAGAUCCAUUGUUUGCCAAGGAUUCUAAAGCACAAUCACUUCUAACUUUACAAACUCAACACAAAUCCUGAAUUGUGUGCAAUUCAUUUUUUUUUCCCUAUGCUGUUCAAUUUUAUGGUGAACAAGUGUUACUCCAUGAGCAAAAGAUAACCAGAGAUGAAUCUUGAGACAUUUGAAAUUAGCAUAAUUUUUGUAAAGUACUCAGCGAAUGAAUGAUGAUAUUUUCAUUUAAAGAUGCAA